AUGGGCUGCACCCCCAUCACGUCUCGCAUAUCACUGCGAAGCCGCUUCAGCUUCCAGAACAUUCUUCCUUUCACCUCGCUCCUAGCUCCCAACAUGGCGCAGCAGCAUGUGGUCUUCGUGAACUUGGCCGCAGCCGGGCACAUGAACCCCACCCUGCCGGUGGUGUCUGAACUGUGCGCGAGGGGCGUGGCCGUGACCUACUUCGUCGAAGCGAAGAUGCGAGAGGUGGUGGAGGCCGCCGGGGCCCAGUGGAAGCUCCUGGAGGAUUGCCGCACCCUCACCGAUGAGCAGAAGGCGAAGUACGUGCCGGACGGCACGCCGCCGGAGGAGUACGGGUUUCCCAUGAGUGUUCUGGCGGUGGCCGCUGGUCAGUUGCCAGGGCUCCUGUCACAGUUGAGAAGCCUCAGCCCGCACCCCACCGUCAUCGUGCACGACCCCUUCCUGCCGCAUCCGCUGGUUGCAGCUCGCAUCUUGGGCAUCCCUGCGGUGAGCACGCUGACGAUGCCAGGGCCGGGUGUCGCAGUGCGACCGGCGGAAAAGUGGGAGUCCAACGAGGUGGUUCGCAGGGCGCGCAAGGAGAUCCAGGACGUGUACGGCGAGGACGUUUUUGCAUACGGCGGGUUGAUGGAGUUUUACUCCCCGCAGGGCAGCAUCGUCACCACCAUCGACGAGCUCUUCGUGCCGCCAGCGCCGGGCGUGCAGCGUGCGCGAUUCGGGCACUUUCCCUUCACCUGCGUGGGCCCUCUGGUUGAUGCCAAGGUGAAGCGAGUCUCCCAUCCAAACGCCGAUGCGGACUCGAAGCAGUCCAGCGGCCUUCCCUGGGAUGUCAUUGAAGGGGCCCUGGCCGAAUCCAAGCGCCUUGUGCUGGUCUCUCUGGGCACGGUUGCCAACUCCCACUACUGGGACAAGAAGAUUGGUGAGCAGGCGGCCCACAACGGCCUGGACAAUUGCACCGGCAAGGAGAUCGUGCAAUUCGUCUUCCGAACCGUCUUCGAAGCCCUGGAAGAGGAGGAGGACCUUCUGGUGGUUCUGGUCGUGGGAUGUCAGCCUGAUGUGCUAGAUGGCCUGCCCACUCCGCCUUCUAACUUCAUCGUUCGCAAGACCGUCCCGCAGAUUGAGCUUCUGCCCAAGUGCCACGCCUUCCUCUCGCACUGCGGUGCCAACAGCAUGCACGAGGCCCUUGGCUUUGGCAUCCCCGUGGUCGGCGUGCCGCUCUUCGGUGACCAAGUGUCCAACAGCCGGUCCUUGGCCGAGUCCGGCGCCGGCAUCUCCUUUGCCUCGCCCUUGCAGACCCUCAGCGGACCACCCCUGCGCGCCGCCAUGCGGCAGCUGGUGGACGCCGGCCCAGGCAACCCGUUCCGCCAGGCGGCGGAAGGCCUCGGCCGGCGCAUGCAGGCGGCCGGAGGGGUGAAGCGGGCUGUGGAGGUGAUUCUGGAGACUGGAAUCGCCAAGCAGUCUGCCCUCGCAGGUGCCUAG